UACGGGAGGGGUUUAGGGGUUUUCUGGGCAGUUCUGACCAAUCAUCGACGCAUUCAGUAGCUGUUUUGCAUAAAAUCUGCUUUCCUAAAGGUGAGAUUGCGGUUCUACAAGUCAGUUACUGAGCGAAUUACUGGGCGGAAGAAUAUUUCCACAGGAAAUUUCGCUUUCGCGGACCUAUCACUAAUUGCAGUUUCCCGUUCCAACCUAAAAGAUGAAGUUCAUGUGCGUUGUCGCCUUGCUCCUCUUCCUUCUGUGUUUCACCUUUUCCCCGGGAGAAGGGGCAAAGGGCGGAGACGGCAGCGAACUGUUAAAUCGGCUGAGUAAAAAGCGAAAAGGCAAAUUGUUGGCAACCAAAGGUGCGCUGACCACGAAAGACGAUCACGCGUGUACCUGGAAUGUCACUGGGGACGAAGAGCUGGUACUGCGGAUCAGCUGUAGUUACCAAGGCGGAAACUAUUCGUGUAACUACACGGGCAGGCCGCAGUCCUGCCCCACUUACAACUCGAAAGCCUUCCAGUACUGGAAACAGGUGGUCAGCAAAGUGAAGAGGAAGAAACACGCCUGCGAGGGAGAUAAAAUCUUGAAGGCGCGCGUCUGUAAAAAGGCGCCGACAGAGUCUCAAAUGAAGCUGCAGGGGAAGAGUUGGGACAUGAGCAAGAGGAGGGCCAAGCUUCAUUUGAAGGACGCCGAGCGCAAGAGGGCUUUGGGGAAACAGAACGCCUUUGCCUCGGAGAGCGUUAAUUCUACCGACACCCAAUCUGAAAAGAACUGGGGCAGAUCUGGAGCCCCUGAAUCCUCAAAGAGCGAGGACCCAAGCGCAUUGGGCGAAAUGAGAGAUGAUGACCCCGAUUUCCAGGAGCAGCUGUCCCGCGCCUACUGUGCCGAGAAGUGGCAUUCGCUUUGCUCGUUUUUUGUCAACUUGUGGAAUGGCUAGUCUCACACACGCGAUUCCUUUCCAGAGAGGAACCCUUGAGUUCACCCCUGCAUAUAACCAUCCAUAUAAAACGCCAGCUUCUCCCACUGUGGCUAAUAUUCAUUCAAUAGCUCUUACACAGACUGAUACAACUGGCUCGUCAAAUACUAAACUGACUUACUGCUGUAGCAAGUACAGACCUUUUAAAUGAAAACUUUUAACAUUAUGGUAAUAGAUCUAACCUUCUAACGUGUACAUACAAUGUGUUAACUCGGUCUUGUAAGGUAUAAGAUUAAAGACCAGUGAACGUUCAUUUGUUUGACUGAAUACCGACUGCGGCCUGUGAUAUAUAG